AUGGUGCAAAUAACAGUGGAAAUGGUGCGCAAGAAAGCAGAACACCACGAACGCCUCUUGGCGCCUCUGGAGGAGAUAGCUCUACACCAGGAAAACAUUGAAAAAAUUGAGUUCUUGCAAGAUUGGUGUCCAAAACUUAAAAUUCUUCUGAUGCAAAGCAACCUUAUCGCCAAAAUAGAAAAUCUAAAUAAGCUUAAGCAUUUAACUUACCUUAACUUAGCACUAAAUAACAUAGAAAUAAUCGAAAACCUGGAAAGAUGCGAAUCUCUACAAAAACUUGACCUGACACUAAAUUUUAUUGGAGAAAUAGUGAGUGUUGAAAACCUUACCGAUAACUAUAAUUUAGAAAAUUUAUAUCUAACCGGAAAUCCCUGUACUGACUAUGAUAACUAUCGUGAUUUCGUCAUUGGAACUCUACCACAGCUAAGUACUUUGGAUGGAAGGGAAAUUGAAAGGUCUGAUAGAAUCAAAGCACUGCAAAAUUUAAAAGUCAUCAGAUCAGAUAUUUUAUUUGAACAAGAAAAUUACAGACAUCAGAGAAGGAAGCAAAAAUCGCGCUUACAAAGAGAUAUCCAAUCCAAAUGGGACAAUGAAUACAAAGACAUGGACCCAGAAGAAAGAAAUAAAAAGUUUUGGGCUGAAAAAUGUGAACAUGCGCCUGAAGUUCGAUACGAAAUUGAACACAUGCGGCAGUUAAAAUUAAAAAGCUAUGAAACAGAGGAGAAAACGGAAGAAAAACGUGUGUAUAAGCUCUUUGCUCCCGACGGAAGGCCCUUCAAUAUAAAUCAAGCAAAGCUUGACUUCAGAUUUUAUGAUUCAGAACCAGAUGUUUACGUUCUUGAUUUAGCAGUCUACAAACAUUUAGAUACAAGUCUCUUGGACAUUGAUGUGGAACCUAACUACGUCCGAGUCACUGUAAAAGGAAAGAUAUUUCAACUCCAUCUACCGGAGGAAGUAGACACUACAAACUCAAAAGCAGAGCGCUCGCAAACCACGGGGCACUUACUUGUAACGAUGCCGCGAGCGAAUGCCACAAUACGGACCCCGUCUGAACCAAAAUCUGAACCCAAUAAACAGGCCCAAUUGUACAGUGAGCAUAAGACUUCAGAUUGCCAAGAAAGUUUAGGUCAAUCAAAGAGAGAAUAUUUGGAAAUUGGGCCAAAUGAUAAUGCAUUGGAUUUUACUAAAAUGACUCAACCCAAAUCUUCGGCAAAAUACAGUGAAACAAGAUUAAAAUUAGAACUGAAACAACCAACACCAGGUUUUGUAGACGAUCCUAAUGUUCCAGAUCUUAUUUAAAUAUUUUUUAAUCAUUGUAGAACUACAGAGCACCUGCUAGCGAGACAUCUACUUUUCCUAUCUAAAACUUCAUGCCUCGUUUUCUGAACAAGCACAGUACGAUGACUCUACAAUUUUACGAAUGACCGUGUCGUUAGAUGGCGCCACAUUGAGUCUUGAAGUAAGGCCUCAUCAAGAUACUUUUGAGUAAUUUAAUAUAGUAAUAAUAAUUCAAAAACAUCUAUGUACCUAAAAGGUGUCUUUUUUAACUU